AUGACAGAAACACCGGAAAAAAUAAAGGAUGGACCGGUUUAUGUGGCCUAUUCGGCGGAAGAUAUGCUAAAAUCACCUCGAGACCUUUAUAAAACUGUAAAAGAGGUCGCAAAGUUCGUAAAUUCGCCCGAAGGAAAAAGUAUCUCAGCGAGAUUCAAAAAAUUCGGCACUCCUCGGGAGGCAAUGGAUUUUUUGGCAUUUGGCGACGUGCCAACGACUCCAAACAUUGCUCAGGCUCCGCCCAUCGAACCGAACUCUCCGUUCUCGGGUGUCAAUCGAAUCCAGAUGAAUGAGUUCAAGAAAUAUGUGGAAAAAGGGGACAUGGAGAACUUUUUACGGCUGAUCGAAACGAAUCCGCGAUACCUGGUGAAUACGGGCGGUGACGUGGCAUCCAUUGUGAUGGAGGGAUUCCGGUAUAAUGCACUUCACAUUGCCGCCAAAUCCGGACAAACUGCGAUUAUAUCGACGAUUCUGGACUCGAUACAGAACAUCACCUUCCUGACACGUCUCUACGGAACGUCUCCAGAAGACGUCGCCGGACGUCGUCAGAACAUUCUAGACUCCUACCUCAACACUCCAGACAAGGGAAAUUCGGACACGCCCCUUCAUUUUGCGGCGAAAUUCGGAAAAGUGGGCGUGGUCAGGUUACUGUCACGACUGGCGGCGCAGGACCUGAAAAUGAGGAAUAAAAUGGGCAAGACGGCGAUGGAGAGCGCGUGUGAGCGGUAUAGCGGGGAGGAUAAGGCGGAAAUUCAGAUGGAGAUGCAUUUGGCCAUGGAGGGCCACUACGUCUAUCUCGUUCGCUCCCCUCAAUCAGGCUCCGCCCACUUUCAAAUCGCUCAACGGGACUCGUCGACAGUGUCUACAGUAACCACUGCACGUGCCGGACCAUUCGCUGAGCAAUGCGAUGCUCUGGAAUUCCAGAAAAGCUGGAAUCUGGCUGGAAAAGACUUGAAACGCACCGAUUUCGAUAAGGGAUACGAGAAAGUGGGGCGUGUCUUGGCAGAGAGCCAACGGAUCAAGUGGGCGGAGUCUUGGGCGAUUUUCGGAGAGCAUGAUGACGUGGCACUUCUGGAUCUGACCGACGACGAUGGGUUGAGGAUUCUGGAGAAGUUCUUGCAUUCGAAGAAAUUUGAAAAAUCGAAAAAAUCGAUUUUUGAGCCGCCAAAACCGGCCAAACCCGAAUUUCGACGACUCGAUUUUGGAAUUUUGGAUUCUGGAGAUUCAGAAGACGUCGGACCUUCAGAAGAGGCGCCAGAAGACGUCGACGACGUCUUCUAUGACACGUUUUCGGAAAUUCCGGAGAAUUCUGAAGCCGACGACACCUUGGGAUCCCUGACUGAUCGAUUCGCGGCGUUCUCCAUCAACUCCCCGCAAAUUCCGAAAAAUCGAUUUUCUGAAAAAUCUGGAAUUCCAGAUUUUUCUGAAAAUUCUGAAAAUUCGGAUUUCUCGGAUUCUGAAGAAUUUGUGACGCCUCCCACUACACCACCACCCACAUUUAUUGCAGAUGAUGAGCCGUGCAAGAUGGACGCCGAUCUAUUCGAGGUGCUGUGCAAGGUGCCAGCCGAGCAGCUGGCCAAAUUUCCCGAAAUUCAAAAAUAUGUUCAAAAGCUGGGAAAAUUGGAAAAUCGAUCGAUGUGGCUGCCAAUCGAUUCGCCGCGACGAUGCCAGAUGAUUCGACGGAAAUAUUGA